AUGUCUGCAGAUGUGUGGGUGGGGACCUGGCGCCCUCACCGGCCCAGAGGGCCAAUCGCUUCCCUCUACAGCAGCCCCGGACCCAAAUAUGCUCUCCCAACAAAUGUAGGCUAUCCGCUACACGACCCUUCUCGCUACCGGGCUCCCGCAUAUAGCUUUGGGAUCCGCCGGCCACAAGAGCUAGUGGGCUGCUCCCCCGGGCCAGGCUACCUCAUCCCAACCAACAUGACCAUGAGAGGCAAGGACGGGAUUCCGGCAUUCUCCAUCUACGGACGCCCCAGGGAUGUGAUGUCUUUUAUGACUCCAGGCCCAGGCCGGUAUUCGCCAGAGAAAGCAAAGAAUGUGGCCUACCCUUCUGCCCCCAACUACUCUCUCGCUUCCCGGACGAAGAACUUCGAUUACGACCAGUCACCAGGGCCUGCAGCCUACGGCCUCCCUCCCAUGCUUGGGCCCAAGGUGAUCGGCAAGAGCACCGCCCCCAAUUACUCCAUUUUUGGACGCAGCAUGGUUGGGAGUUUCUAUGAGGACCUCAGCAGGACGCCAGGGCCCUGCAACUACCGCCUGGUGGAUCCCAGUGUCUACAAGAACCGCCCACCCCACUUCAGCAUGCUGGCCCGCAACAUGCCUCCAGGAGACAACACUUUGAAGCCGGGUCCAGGAGCCUACAGCCCAGAGAAGCACACCCCACAACGUGGCUUGACCUUUGGGAUCCGCCACUCGGACUACGUGGCUCCUCUCAUUGUGGACGUGGCAGAUUAAGCUGGCCCCACCGGUGGAGAUGGUCUGGACAAGAAAUGUUCCUUUGGAAACACGUGAAUCUCUCGAUGCUCUGUGUUGUUGCUUGAGACUGGUGCCUGGGGAGGGAAGAGGGGUGGGCAGCAUCCGAGGCC